AUGGUAGCCGAAAUCGCGCAGCUCGAGGCAGAGGAAGAAGAGCGCAAGUGCAAGGAGGCGGAAGAGGAACAGAUGCGCAUGGAGGAACAGAAGCGGAAGGAUAUCGAGGAGACUCGGAAAAGGUUGGCUGAGCACGAGUGGGAGCGCCUGAUAAAGGCUAGGGCGGAUAAUGCAUCGGAGAGUUGUAGUCCUCCGGUCCGGCGGAUCCGGAGGUCGCAUGCUAGAUAUCUGGGCUGGGCUCUACUGAAUUUCCAAGACUACUUCCAAAGUACCGAGAAACUUGUCCGAUGCGACCGAAGGUCGUCUGAGGCUGUGAAAGUGUUGUCCGAAGUAGCGCGAUGCCUUCCAAGGCUUGCGAAGGCUGUCCGAAGGUCUAUAUAUGUUGUCCGGAACAACGCUAAUCUAUCGGGACUCGAAAAUAAACGAAGUGCGAAAUUGGCAGCGGUCUAG